AUGGUCAAGCUACACUUUGGCAAGCCGACCGAUCAGCAUGCCUACCUCCAUAUCCCACGAGCUCUCGCUUUCCAAGCUACGAGCGCAACGUCCAUCGUCGUCGUCGGUAUCUCCUCAUAUGGACUGGUGUUCCUCAACGAUAAGAAGAAGAUGACGGCCGAGCAAAUCCCCGAAGGAGUACUGCACGCGCAGGAGAUUCUCAACACCAAUGGAUCGCUUACGGCAGCUUCUGGAUUUGCGUCUCUGCUGUGCACCGUCUACGUCCUCAUGACGAUUCUCCGGAUCCAUCCCAUCGAGACGAAGCGGUCGAUCAUGAUCAAGGAGUUCCUCUUUGGCCUGGCGACGCUCUUCUUGCUCGGCGCCAACAUCGCAAUGACGGUCGUCACGAGCACAAAGAGUGCAACGAUUACGACACCGCUCGCUUCACCUGCUGUCGUAGCGCGACUCGUCGCCGCAUCGGGCCAGAAUCUAGCCUACAUCUCCAAUUGGCCACCUCGCGUAGCCAUGAUCGUAGGAUGGGUCAACUUUGCCUGCAUGAGCUUGUCUUGGCUCCUCGUCUCUCUGGCUGCGCGCCACAUGCUCCGAUCUGGCCACAACGAAGUGGCCGUCGGCAACGCGACGCUCUUCAAGUCGCGCAAGGCAGCACAAGUCGCUUCGAGCGGUGUCGACAGCCCGAACAGUAUGGAGAAGCAUUCCGCCUCGGAACACGAGCACACAGACAUGCAUCAAGUGUAA